AUUCGGUCAUCUGAAAAGCUCUUCUCAUUCAAUCACUGUGUGUGCGCUUGAUCGGCCGAAGUUACACGAUAAUGACGGUCGCCAUUAUGGACAACGUGAUGAGCGCGAUUUCCGGCGGCGCCGAGAAGCGUCCCAAGACAAAAAUUGUGUGCACUCUCGGCCCGGCUUCUCGAUCAGUUCCGAUGGUCGAGAAGCUUCUCCGGGCGGGAAUGAACGUCGCCCGAUUCAAUUUCUCCCACGGAUCUCACGAGUACCACCAGGAAACCCUCAAUAAUCUGCGCCAGGCUAUGGAGAACACCGGUAUCAUCUGCGCUGUCAUGCUCGACACCAAGGGUCCAGAAAUCCGAACAGGUUUUUUGAAAGAGGGAAAGCCUAUUCAACUCAAACAAGGUCAAGAAAUAACUAUCUCCACUGAUUACAGCAUCAAGGGUGAUGAGAACACGAUCUGCAUGAGCUACAAAAAGUUGGCUGAGGAUGUUCAGCCACAAAGUGUUAUACUUUGUUCCGAUGGCACCAUCUCCUUUACUGUCUUGUCAUGUGACAAAGAGAAGGGUUUGGUGCGUUGCCGAUGUGAGAACACUGCUGUUCUUGGUGAGAGAAAGAAUGUCAAUCUCCCUGGGGUUAUUGUUGAUCUUCCAACACUGACUGAUAAAGACAAGGAUGAUAUCUUGAAGUGGGGGAUCCCUAAUCAUAUUGAUAUGAUUGCAUUGUCCUUCGUUCGCAAGGGUUCAGAUUUGGUGGAGGUCCGAAAGUUGCUAGGGGAAAAUGCAAAGACCAUACUCCUUAUGUCAAAGGUUGAAAACCAAGAAGGCGUGGCAAAUUUUGAUGAUAUCCUAGCAAACUCAGAUGCAUUUAUGGUGGCAAGAGGUGAUCUUGGAAUGGAAAUUCCAAUCGAGAAGAUUUUUUUAGCUCAGAAGGUAAUGGUGUACAAGUGCAACAUUCAUGGGAAACCAGUUGUGACAGCCACACAAAUGCUGGAAUCAAUGAUUAAGUCACCCAGGCCAACUCGUGCAGAAGCGACGGAUGUUGCAAAUGCCGUUCUAGAUGGGACAGACUGUGUCAUGCUCAGUGGCGAAACAGCUGCCGGAGCCUAUCCAGAGCUUGCAGUGAGGACCAUGGCCAAAAUCUGCAUAGAGGCAGAAAGCACAAUCGAUUAUGGAGACAUAUUCAAAAUGGUAGCUUUAAAUGCACCGGUUCCAAUGAGCCCACUGGAAAGCCUUGCAUCAUCCGCUGUCCGAAUGGCAAACUCUGCAAAAGCAGCCCUUAUACUCGUCCUGACCAGAGGAGGGAGCACUGCAAAACUGGUGGCCAAAUACAGGCCAGGAAUGCCUAUUCUGUCUGUAGUUGUGCCUCAGGUAAAGACAGACUCGUUUGACUGGUCAUGCAGUGACGAGUCACCAGCAAGACAUAGCCUCAUCUUCAGGGGACUGGUUCCUGUUCUUUGUGCUGGAUCCACAAGGGCAUCUGAUGAGGAGUCAACUGAAGAAGCCCUUGAGUUCGCACUUGGGCAUGCUAAGGACAAAGAGCUUUGCAAGGAAGGCGAUGCUGUUGUGGCCCUUCAUCGUAUUGGAACUUCUUCUGUGAUUAAGAUUAUCAACGUUAAGUGAAUCAUUAAGGAGGGAGGGAAGGGGGUGAGAUACACGUUCUCUUAUCUAUUUUUGCUGCUUCGGGUUGGUCAGUUUUGCCUUGCCGUGCUCUUUUUUUCUACAUGCAACUACCCAGCAGUUUUUCUCUAGUUGGGGGUGUUAAUCUUUUUAAAUAACUAUUGAAAACAAAGAGAGUUACUCUUACAUUCUUUUUUGAAGAAUUACUCUUACAUCUAUUAAUAACAUAGUUAACUCUAUUUUAAGAUGCGCAGAUUGUUUUCUCUUAAUCUGAGCUUGAAUUAGAUUAUUGCAAUUGAUCUUCUUGUUUUUGUGUGCAGAUAUCCUCAUGUAUAC